CGCCUCUCAGCUGUGCAGCUAGGUAAACAAACAGGAGAGGAGAGGAGAGGAAACGAGGAGCAGCAGCAGGCACUUUGCUGGUUCUGGGCUCUCUCUGGGAAAUUUUAUAUUGUUUAUAUCAGUUUUUUGUAAACAUUUAAUAAGGUGUUUCUUACGAACUUUUAAUACUUUGAUACACUGGUUUUGACAUUUUCUAACAACGAGACCUGGCAAGGAUUGGCUGUAGCUUGCCAGCUUGGAAACACUGGAUCCCCCCCCCCCCUCUCCUUUCGACAAAGGCUGCUGAUGAGCCAGCGAAGACACUGAUCAAGAUAAUAACACGCCGUUUUUAAGUACCAUUCAGUGUAGUAACAACCGAUGCACUGUCUUCCCUGUGUUUAAAAGCGGCCUGUCGUCGCUGCUGUUUCCCAAGCUAACGUCACGUUAAACUGAAGAGAGCAUAGCUGACGUUAACGGCAGCCAGGCUCAGGGAAGAAUGACGGCUGUUCAGCUAAUAAACGUCCAACGGUUAUUGGAAGCUGCGGAAUAUCUAGAAAGGAGAGAAAGAGAGUGUGAACACGGAUAUGCUUCGACUUUUCCGUCAAAUCAGAACACAAACUACCAGAGGCAAAGAAAAUUCCGAAACAAGAAGUUCAGCAGUAACCACAAUAGGUCCACACAUAAUGAGCUGGAGAAGAAUAGACGAGCUCACCUGCGGCUGUGUCUGGAGAGGUUGAAGGCCCUCAUUCCCCUGGGACCCGACUGCAACCGCCACACCACCCUGGGCCUGCUCAACAAAGCCAAAGCACACAUAAAGAAACUUGAAGAGGCAGACAGGAAGAGCCAGUACCAGCUGGAGUCUCUGGAGCGCGAGCAGCGGCACCUCCAGCGCCAGCUGGAGCUGCUGAGAGGUGGCAGCAGUGCUGCCGCCCAGAGCAGCCCGGGGGAGGGCGAGAGAAUACGCAUGGACAGUGUGGGCUCCACCCUCUGCUCCGACCGCUCUGACUCUGACCAAGAGGAGAUCGAGGUGGACGUAGAAAGCACGGAGUUCUCCCAUGGAGAGCUGGACAGUGUGAGCACAGCCAGCACCAGCGACCUGGACGACCACAGCAGCCUGCAGAGCAUGGCCAGUGACGAGGGCUACUCCUCCUGCAGUGUCAAACUUGCCUUCUCCUCCUAGAGCCCCACACUGCCACCACCACCUCCCUGCGAAACCCGCCUGCCCACCCAUGCGUUUAUCCAUCCAUCCAUGCCUACAUACAUACAUACCCCCAGUCACCUCAGACAGCAGCCACGCCCCCAGCUAACGGCGUUCCUGUCGCUCCUGCUGCCUCUCAGCAGCGCCCCCUCCUACUCUUAGUCAUUAGUUGCCCCCCUUGCUGCGCUGCUGAACUCACUGUAGGAGGAGCUCCACUGAGAGCUCUUCCUUACCUCUGAACUUUGAGCCAUCCCGACCGACACCAGGGACCCAAACACAGUGAUGUGAGACUGCCAACUGGUUCUACUCUUCUUUUAAAGGGAGAUCAGAGUUGGUUAAUAUAAAAAAUACAAUCAUCUUAAUUCUUAAACCAACACAAUUGAAAUGAAUUGAUGUUUGAUUGAAUGAUUUUAUUUCCUCGAACUGUCAAAUGUCAGAAUUUGUUAAAGAUACACAACCCCUAAUUUGAUCCAAAAUGCACUUAAAUUCAUAUGAUAUUGAAAUAAUUCAGAGUUUCUGUUCGGUUCUCUCUCCUGUGGGUGGGUGUGUGUGUGUUGAGCUGGUCCUGCGUAGCUCAUCUUAACUUUCUGAUGUUGGGCCUGGAUAAACGGGAGCACAUCUAAUCUGGACUGAACACUGCGGGUGAACUUUGCCAUAUCAACACAGCUUGGCCCUGAUAAACGUCCCUUCAGCCCUGAAUUUAGUCCUUGUCUUACUGUUUUUCAUUACCUCUGCUCGACACCGCAGAAGCUCAGACACUUGAAUUGGUGCUAUUGUGAAACAAACCAACGGGGAAGCAGAUCAGAUCCACCACCACUAAGCUUUUAAAGCAAACAAAGUGUCUGCCAUGAUUGUUUCCAACCAAGCACGGAGGAAAACAACCACAAAGAAAUGGAGGGGGGGGGGCAUUACUGUCGAACGUGGGUGCUCAGUACAUUUUCAAAGAGUGGAAAUUGUAACUUGUGUGUGUUUUGUUUUGGUUUCUUUCCCCUUGACAAGCAGCUACAACAAGAUAUCGUGCACUUGCCUACUUUAGAGCUGUCCAUGGCACAAACCAAUAGUGAAAAAACAAACACAAAAAAACAGCAACAAGGAAAAAGUCCAAACAACAACAAACUUUGGAAUAGACGCCCAUCCUCUUUCCAGCAGUAACAAGCAAUAACUCUUGUAGUUGUUUUUGUCUCGUCAGUUUGAACUCCUUCCUGGGUUUUUUUCUCUUCUCCCCUAAAGAGUGUGGGACCGUCCAAAAAGCAAAAAACUUUUUUUUGUACAUACAAAUAGUUUAAUAAAUUAACUUUAAAAAUGAGUUUUAAAAAAUGGUAUAGCUCAUGGAUAGAGCUAUUGCCUCUGUUGCUGUUUGCCCUGUGUUUAUUUUCCAUUUUAAAUUAAUUUGAUCUUCUUCAGAGUGGCAGUGGAUGUGGCGUGGACACAAUUACUUUGUUCAGUUUUGCUGGUGGAAACUUUGGAACAUUACUCGUUCUGUUGCUGCCCUGAGAAGGAAAAGAAAAGUUACUCUUCAAUGUGAUAAAAACGAUAGAACAACUUCCCAUCCAGUUUGCGGGAAAGCGACCCAGUAGGACUUCUGUUGGAGAAUUCUGAGUUUGUGUGGCACUCUUUUUAUUUAUUAGACUUUAUUUUCUGUAUAUGGCAUUCCACUGGUGGUCAUGUGAUCUGUGGAGGAAAAGUCUGAAGUGUAGGGAGAAGAAAACGGGUGUUAUGAUGUCAGUGUUUGCCAUCCCAACUCCACUGGCAUUAAGAAUUGCACUUCAGCCACAGUUCUCUGUAUUAUUAUUUUUCUUUUCCACUGUCAUUUUCUUUCAUGGAGCUCUCAUGAAUCCUUUUGUAUGUGAAAGAAGAAAAAAGAAAAAAAACGCCGGCCUUUAUAAUAUUUAUUUCUCAAUCCCUCAAAGAACACAAGCAAUGGGGAAAAAGAAGUUAACUUAUUUUGGUUCUGUCUUAUUUUACUCCUCUUUUUGAUGCUUAUUCCUCAUUCCAUAUUUUAAGAAUUGUAUAUUUUAUGGGUUAUUGUUAUUUUUUUGGGGGGGUGGGGGUCUGAGGGUAUAAGAAAUGUAGCCAUUUUGUUUUCAUUUAUCUGAUGUUUUAUUCAAUGGACACUUGAAAUGUAAUUGGCCCCUAAGCUGCUCCUAGUGCUGAGCCUCGCCUGUUUAGAGUCACCAGCCUUGUCCGGAGCUGACCCCCCAACAACAUGCUAUGCCUGUGACGAUAAAUACAGAUGUCAAACAACUGGACAGGCUGAUAAACAAAAUGGCUUCCCUCCAUACCCAGCCUUCUGAUACAAGAUGAAAAAUUUGCCAUACUGUUUAGAAAUUCUCCUGUCUGGUUGUUUUUGCAUCUGUGCUGAGUGGGGUCAUCUCUGCACAAGGCUUAUCAAUAGCCAAGACUUUACUGGCAAAUAUUGAGCCAGCUACUACACAAUAAAAGGGGUCUAAAACUCCACUUUCCUCUAUUAGGAGGAUUGUAGUCUCUAUUAGACUUGUGUUUUAGUUGACAAAAUGUGUCUUACAUUUACAAUACACGGCCUCCGACUGAGGAUUUAAAGAAAAAACAAAGAAAAAAAGAACAAAUCCUUUGGUUUCUCUGAAGGACGUCAUUAAGGUGUAGAGUUUGACAUGUACGCUCUUUGCAGAGCUAUGUUGAGGUUGUUGGACUUGGCACUGAAUCAGAAAGUCACCACUUUUGGUGCUUGAUUAUUAAAAAACGAAAAUGCCAAAACCACCUCAGAACACCUCAGUGUCCUCUCUCUCUCUCUCUGAGGGACAGUUUACAUUUAUUCUUCCCCUGUUUAAGUUAUUAACCUUCAACUUCUCUUUGUUUCUGUUUUUGUCUUCAUAUGUUGGUUUUAUGAACCUGCACUGCUGACAGGAAAAAGGUCCCAUGUUUGACGACAUGAAUUUCACUCCUCGUGCAGACCUGGAUCACAUCCUAGUGGUGUUUUAACCUGCUCAGAGUAUAGUAUAUUUUUACUGCAUCAGGUUGAUUCUGAUAGUGUUGGGUUCUGUUGUUUAUCACAAAAAUGUGUGAAAACUGUCUGGCAAACUACUCUGAUCUUAUAUUCCAAGAAGGGAUAAAACCAACUAUAAGAACUGAUUUUACUGAAGCCAGGUCUGUCCUCUCUCAUGUGAGUGUACUGUGUGUGCGUGUGUGCGUGUGUGCGUGUGUGCGUGUGUGCGUGCGUGCGUGCGUACUGUGUGUGUGUGCUCCAUGCUCUUACUAAGGCUGAGCUUUAGAGAGACACCUGGUUCAUGACUAGUCUGCACUGAUCUCAGUUGGCUUGUUUCCCACCUGCUAAUUAGUAAAUAUCAGACUUCUGAGUAUUUGUCAGAAAAAGACGUGUAUCCAGUGUAAGAUAUAAUAAUAAUAAUAACUGGGAGUGAAGUUAACUGAGUUUAACUGUAAGUUCAAUGCAAACUGGUCAUGGAUCGGCCCAAGCUAGACGGGAGGUUUGACAAAGAGUUCUGGCUAUGCUGCAGAGUCAAAACAAUAGCAUAUCUUAAUAAGCUGGUGAUCACAAAGCUAUAUUUUUACCUCUGUGUUUAAGGUUAGGUUUAGACAUGCAGUCCUGACUGUGGUUCAGUUCAGGGUUAACUUUCCAGGAGUGUUGAGUUCCAGUUUUGCAUCCUUCUGGAAGUGUACCAGCCCGACAAAGUGGAAGUCGCAGUGUCUUUUGUAAACCACACUCCAUUCUGGCGUCGGCCUCACAGGAGGUUGACUCUGCGCAAACUGGCCCAUGAGGUCAAGUUAGCCCAACCAAACGAGCAGUCCCACGUAGGGAGUCCUCCUGAUGUUCUGAACCUGUGGCCAUCCUUUGUAAAACAUGCAGUCUGAUGAUGAUUCUAGCCAUGUAAGUUGAAGAUGCAAUACUUACAAUAAAAACACCAAGAUUUUCAAACCUGAA